AAAAUGGCACGUACCAAGCAGACUGCACGUAAGUCUACCCGGGGGCAAAGGGCCCCCCGCAAGCAGUUGGCCACCAAGGCAGCACGUAAGUCUGCCCCUGCUACCGGAGGUGUCAAGAAGCCCCCUCGUUACAGGCCUGGAACCGUUGCCCUCCGUGAGAUCCGUCGUUACCAGAAGAGCACUGAGCUCCUCAUCCGCAAGCUGCCCUUCCAGCGUCUCGUUCGCGAGAUUGCCCAGGACUUCAAGACUGACCUCCGCUUCCCGUCCUUGCUGUCA